AAAAAGUAAACUAAAAAAGAGGGAAUGUUGGACUUGGACUCUCACACUGUAUUUUUGCUAUCAAGGCCGAUGAAGGGCACUUGUUCCUCCAAAGAGUUAAUAUUAGCUACCCUGUCAACCAUGACUGUCCCAUCACUUCUAUGCUAAUACCUUAACAGAGGUCAGUGUGGUACCAGCCCACCUGCACUACACCCACACAUAUAACCGUACGAACAGAUGUAACACUUCUGUUGCAACCAGACAGAAUGAAGAGCCUGGACGAGGCUCCCGGGACUAAAACAUUCAGCAAAAGCAACAACUGGGACCAAGAAAAUCAAUCAGCAGCAUCCCAUAAUACAAAUCUGCUUCUUGGUGAUCCACGGACACCAUGCCGACGGUCCCGUGCAACUGUCAAAGUGUGGCUGUUGAAGCUGAGGUGCUGUUUGGGAACAGUGUGUGGAAUGGAGUGGUAUUGCUACGCCGCUCUAGGAAUUUUGACUGCCCUCCUUAGCUUUCUAAUGGAUCUGAGUGUGACAAAGCUGCUGAGAGCUCACCACUGGCUUUAUAUGAAGCUGGAAGGCAACAGUGUGCUGCAGUUCUUCUGCUGGACUCUUUACCCAGCAUGCCUUUGUGCCGUCUCAUCAUCAUUCUCCCACAACAUAUGCCCCUUCUCCACAGGCUCCGGGAUACCAGAGCUGAGAACCAUGCUGGUCGGCAUUGAAAUGCCUCAAUAUUUGUCUCUCACUAAUAUGUUUACCAAGUAUCUGGGCCUGAUCUGUACACUGUCAGCAGGCAGCACUGUUUACCUGGGCAAAGUGGGUCCAUUUGUGCAUCUUUCCACCAUGGUUGGAGCCUACCUGAGCAACCUAUGCAACCUCAUACAAGUCAAUGAGAAGGAUAAAGCUCCUGGAGAAAUGCUGGUUGUAGCUGCUGCAGUUGGCGUAGCCAGCUGCUUUGGAGCUCCCAUCACCGGUGUGUUGUUCAGUGUGGAAUUGAUGUGCUCUCACUUCGCCGUGAGGCAUUAUUGCCCAUGUUUCUUCUCAGCCGCCUGUGGGGCACUGACCUUUCGCCUGUUCUCAGUGUGGAGUGGAGAUAGAGAGACUCCUCAGGCAUUGUUCAAAACUAAUUUCCCCAAUGCUUUACCUUUCUACCCGCUGGAGAUUGUGCUCUUCGCUUUCCUGGGGCUGCUGUGUGGAGCUGCGUGCUGCUGCUACCUCAUCUGCCAUCGGUGGAUCCUGCAAUUUGUCAAAACAAACCCCAUCUUCAACAAAAUGCUGACGACAGAGAAGGGUCUAUACUCUGGCAUGGUGGCCUUCUUCUUGGCAUGUCUGACAUUCCCUCACUCUGUUGGUCAAUAUAUGGUUUCUCAGUACACCAUGAAGCAGCUCCUGAACUCCUUAUUAGAUAGCAGGCAGUGGAGCUCUCAAUCCCACAAUGCCUCUGUUCAACUGGGGAGCGAGCCUUUGUUGGAGUGGAGUUCAUCAGGAAGUCAUUUCUACCUUUCUUUGGUUGUCUUUCUGCUAAUGAAGAUGUGGAUGUUGGUCCUCGCCUGCACUCUGCCUCUGCCAGCGGGAUACGUCAUGCCAGUGUUUAUUUAUGGGGCAGCUAUAGGCCGGUUGUUUGGAGAAGGAGUAACUGGACUGACUUCUGGCCAACAGUGGGCUUCUAUAAAUCCUGUAAAUCCUGGGGGCUACGCACUUGCAGGUGCAGCAGCCUUCUGCGGGGCAGUGACACACACCUUGUCCCCAGCUCUAAUGGCUAUAGAGUUAACUGGCCAGUUCAGCCACGCUAUACCCAUCCUCCUCGCCACUCUGCUGGCCAAUGCCGUGUCUCGCUCUGGGGACCGUCCAUCUUUCUAUGACGCAAUCUCCAUCAGCAAGAGGCUCCCAUAUCUGCCCUCCCUGAUGAAGGUGUGCCCCCGGCUUCCCUCCACCCCAGUUGGACAGGUUUUGGGAGUGAAAUCAGUGCAGCUUAAGAAAGCAGCUGGUCCAGUGGAGAUGCAGCAUGCUGUCAACACGAGCACUGACACCCAAAUACCUGUUGUGGACUCACAUGAGUCGCAGAUUGUACUGGGCGUUGUUCUCCGAUCAGAGCUGCUGACGUUCCUGCGUCACUGUAAGACUGAGACUCUGGAGAAACAUCUGGAUGAGGUCUGCUGCAUUUACCCAACAUCUGUCCUGUUAUCACCCCACAACACCGUUCAGGAGGCCUACAGUUGCCUGAGUCUGAUUGGAGCUCAGACCUUGCUUGUCACUGACAGGGGAAGACUGGUUGGGGUCAUCACAUGGCCACAGAUGAAGAGAAUAUUGGAAGACUUGGCCAAAGAAAUCUAAGCAGUGACACACAGGAAAUAAGCUUAUCCUUUUUUAUCUUUUUUUUAAGCAAACAUAAAUCCGUCUCUGUCUGAUAAGUUGCAUAGCUCCGAUAAUGAUACCACUUCUUCAUUACCCAGGCUUAACAGUGUUUGCGCACAUACAAAACUGUCAUCAGCAUAAGUCUCCUAUAAUAACAUUUAUCAGAGCUUAUUGUUUUGCCUUGUAUUAUAUUAAACAGGAUCUGGUCCACUGAGGUGAUAGCACACUAUCUCAUUGACGGAUCCACUUUGUGACAUAGAAAUAUGAAUGUCUACGCAGAAUAUGUGUUGAUGUAAAACCAAUUAACACAAUGUAACCCUGUUGAUGUAUUUUUAAGAAUUUGAGAUUGACUUUGUUAUCUUCCAUGCAGUCUUCGGUUUGAAUGUCCUUGGGAUAAGUAUAUCAUCACAUAUCCACCAUGCCCAUAUUACCUGGUUUGGCAACAUGUAAUUAUCAACAUCUUGUAAUGAUGCCGGUGGCUCACUCAACUUUAGUUUUUCUAUGAUUUCGGUUUGGAGUCCCGAGUUAAGCGUCUAUUUUGAAUUUUAAGAUGUCUGACUUUAGCACCCCCCAGUGGUAGAACCAUAAAGUUCAUUGUGGCAAUUCAGCAAUGCACGCCUCUGCGCCUCCCUGAGAGCAACACGUAGCGUGCACCCACAUUCACCCUGAAAAAGAAAGAUAAUUAAUAAUAAUAAUAAUAAUAAUAACAAUAAUAUGAAUUACAAAUCUUCACACAGAGGCUUUGACGUAAAAAUAUUGAGUGAUUUCUCAUGUUCACGCCAGUUGCCUUGGUGACGAAGUUCCUGCACAUUGUAAUCAAAUCUUGAUUGCACUCCAAACUUUUUGUUUGGGUUUUGCUGGUGUGAUAAUUAAAACUCAGGACAUUUUUGAAUACUGAAUUACAAACGUUACAAAUAAAAUCAAAAUAAAAUGUUUUACAAAAUC